GCGCCGCCGUUGCGAACCGGCUUAAGCCGCCUUCCUAAAAUGUGCGCGUGAGCCGCGAAUGCGUGAACAGCUUGAUAUUUAAUAUUGGUCAAACGCAUUAUUCAAGCGCAUCAAAUGAUUAAAAAAUAUAAUUCAAAGUUUAAGUCGUUUUACAAAAGCAUAAUCUAAAACUGACGACGCAUAAUCAUAUUUGAAGAAGUAGCAAGUAUACAUGAAAGCUGCAGCAUCAUGUCACGCACAGGAGGUAAAGUAGUCGCUAAUUUGCGGGAUAAAUUUGUGUUACACGACAAGAUACGAUGGUUCCCUGGGCAUAUGACGAAAGGUUUGAGGCAGAUGCAACAACAGCUGAAAAAUAUCGAUUGCAUUCUGGAGGUUCAUGACGCACGAGUACCGGUCUCUGGACGUUACGCGGACUAUAGCAGGAGUCUGACAAGCCUGAAGCCGCAUAUACUUGUAUUGAGUAAAAAUGAUUUAGCCGAUGCAAAAUAUUCAGAGAGCGUAAUCUCUGCGUUGAACAGAGAAGGGCUGUCUAAUGUAAUCUUCACGAAUCUUAAAGAUCAAUCCUGCAAAAACAUGAGAAAGAUCUUACCUUUAGCCAAGAAAUUGAUCAAGACUUCAAAUCGUUAUAACAGAAUGCAGGAGGAAUCGUAUUCCAUGAUGGUGAUCGGUGUACCCAAUGUUGGAAAGUCCUCUCUGAUUAAUCGCUUGAGAAGCAAUCACCUUGGUCUGAGUAAAGCUACUCACGUUGGUGCGGUGGCUGGUAUUACGCGAUCCGUAUUAACUCGUAUAAAGAUAUCGGAAGAUCCAACGAUAUAUCUACUCGAUACACCGGCAAAAAUGUUUGCAAGAGUAACGUUUUACCCAACCUUGUUGUACAACAUUGUUAUGGAAAGAGUCACGACGCGAAAUUGGUACGACAGGAUAGACGAGACAGUCGUAUUAGGCGCCUUACCGUUUCGAUGGACGACAAAGCAGUUAAUCGAGGAAGAAAAUAUCAAAGCUGUUGUCUCCAUGAACGAAGAUUACGAACUAUCUUCAUUAUCUAAUACGGAAAAGGAAUGGCAUGAAAACAAUGUAGAAUUUCUGCAAUUGUCCACAACGGACAUCUUUGAAGCACCUUGUCAAGAAAAGCUGGAGAAUGGCGUAAAUUUUAUUAAUAAAUUCCGCGGCGUAUCGAAAACUGGACCUAGAACUGGAACUAGAAAACUGGAUGACUCUAGUAAUAUUGAUAGUACUGAUCAAUCUGGUACUGUUUAUGUUCAUUGUAAAGCAGGAAGAACAAGAAGCGCAACAUUGGUCGCAUGCUACUUGAUGAUGAAAAAUAGUUGUACGCCCGAGGAAGCGGUAAAUUACAUACGAAUAAAAAGGCCACACAUACUACUCCAUACGGCACAAUGGUCCGCACUGAGGCAGUUUUACAUGAAACAUGUAGUAUCUCAAUAUAUAUAAAACUAAUUAGUUUAUAUAUAUAUCAUUCGUUGCCUAAUUUAUGUAAACGGAAACAACAUAUAGACAUAUACAUAUAAAUGUCGUGCACAUUGCGUGAUACGUUAAUGUGAUACGAUAUUCUACCUGGGCAUAGCAAAAAAACUAAAGAGUAAAAAGUCAAAUAAUAAAAAAUAAAGUACAAUGUAAAACGCAAAUAUAAAUUUAUUGUAGCUGUAUUUCUAAUCUAAAGUUUGUAACAAAUAUACUCUUUUACUGAUUGUUA